AUGAUUGAAUCAGUUGAAGAUAAUAAAAUAAAUGGUCAUAGUAAUAAUAAUAUUAAAAUAGUUGUUGAACAAGAACAACAACAACAAGAAGUACCAAAGCUAAUAGUAGAAACACCGAAUCACAACAAUGUAAAAUUACAUCCAAAUGAAUCUUUGAACAUCGCAAAUUUGGAGACUCAACAAGAAAAGUUACAAAAUAUUGAAAAUCACAAAAAUGAUAAUGCUAUUAGUGAACAGAGUAAUAAUAAUGAAAUUAUAGAUUCAAACAAUGAUGAUCUAAAUACUUCAGCAAAGAAUAUAGAUACAACUAAAUCAUUUACUCUAGGUGGUAAUAGCAAAGCAUAUAGAGAUGGUAAUCUAAUUGAACAUUUCAUAGUGGUUGGUUUAUCUGCUGAUUCACCUAUUGGUCCAAACGAUAAGGUUUCACACGAUGCCAAAAUAUUAUAUUCAUAUCCACCUGAAAGAGUUUGUGAUGAACAGGUAAUUGGAUUUUGUUUUCCAGAUGGUAUUAAACUGUUGCAGGUAUCUAGGAGAAGUUCAUUGACAGAGAUUCAUGCAGUGUUGUUCAAGUCGUUAUCACAGUUGGAGGGAUCCGAUACGAGUUUUAUGUUUUUGAUUACGGGUGGUGAGCAUCUUUUAUAUGUCGCUUGUGUUCUCAAUACGGAGCCAAUCGACCAGCUGCCUUGUUUCUUUAAUCACGACGGCAUUCCACCGGUAUCUAGCAAAUCUUCAUCGCCACCACUCGACCCAAGAAAACAAUACGCACAAUCCAACAACAUCUGUAUAUUCGCACCACGUUGCUACUGUGUCAUCUCUCGAUUCCCUUUCUUUAAAGCACACUUUGACUUUAUCUAUUCGAUUCUCGGAAAGGAGCGACUCAAUCGUAUCAAUUCGAUUCUCGAGAAGCCACCGGUUGCCAUCAACCACAACAAGUCGCUGACAAUGUCGUCGGCCAACGACCUAAAUCGACUGGCAGCAUCGCAUAGCAAUGCCAAUGGUAAUGGCCUGGCUAUGAACGGUGGUGGUGGUGGCGGUGGUGGUGGUCCGCUCACCAAGAGUUUGAUGCGCAAGCCGCUGCCUCCACUGCCAGCACAUGUCUCACAAACAAACACACUCAACCUCUCUGGUAACUCACCGUACAUGGUGUCGCCAAGCGAUUCUCCACUCUUUGGAUCGGAGACGACUUCUCUUAUAUCGAAGCAUUCCAGUAGUAAUAAUUUGUCGGCCAGCAGCAGCUAUAACAACAACAGCAACAACUUACAUAUCAACGGCGACAAUAGUAAGUUGUCAAAGUCCGUAGGACAUAGCAGAUCUCAUUCCACACCCAUUUCAAAUUUAGCAAACAUUCAAAAGAUUCGUCAACAGCAACUGCAGCAACAGCAUCAACAUCAACUACCGACAUCGGCCAAUGGCUUCUAUCAACCCUCGUCAUCGCAGUCGCCUGGAACCAUCACAGAUGAAGCGCUCUCUGCCAUUCAGGAAUCACUCAGCAUAUCGAAUGAUGACUACGAUGAUCUCGAUCAGAUGACCGACUUUACAUCCUCGUCUAAUAGCGUAGACUUUUCAGCGGAUUCAUCACCGACCACUGCCAACCUGCAGUUUGACGACUUGACCAAUUCAAGCUCAACACCAACAGCAACCACCCUCAACGUUCAGAAGCUGGCAAAUGGCGAGCUCAACAGCACAAACACUCCUAUCAUCACCAAAGUAGACGCAAUUAAACAGAAAGUAAACUUUAUCGAUAGCACACUCGAUGGCGGUAACAUACAGUUUGGCAACAGAGUAAGAACCACACUGAACACUGCCACCACUGACUUUACCAUCUCGGCAGACUCACCAAUCUCUGUUAGCCCGGUGCCACCCACUGCAAUAUCCAAUCAUUCACCAACUGACCGACAAGACAAAUUGCAGCAAUCAACAACAGCCGCUGGCGGCGAAGACGGUGACAACACAUCUAAUAAUGUAUCGCCAAAGAUCAAACCACUUCCAAAAGUACCGACACAACAGCCAGUCAGUGUCACACCAAUCUCACCCACAAUGAUAUCCGAGCCAAUUUCGCCAAUCCUCACACCCACAAUCACCAACAUCAACAGCAACACAAAACCAUUGGCUUUGGAGGAGAUUGAAAUCAUCAAGUACUACUGUGGCUUGAGAGUACCUCGCGAAGAUAAGAAACUCGAGGUACAUCCACCAGGCGAGCAAAACACACUCACAUACGAAGCUGGCGAUGACAACUAUCAAAUUGAAAAUUGGUGUCUAGGUGGACUAAUGAGAACACUCUCCUUAAAGACAAUCAUGAUGACACUCACCUGUAUACUUUUAGAGAAAUUCAUUAUUGUCACUUCAAGAAAUAUAGGUUUAAUUUCAAAUACGAUAUUUUCAUUUAUACCACUUUUGAAACCAUAUGUUUAUCAAGGCGCAUUUAUACCAAUUUUACCACAAUCUACAUUAGAUGUUCUUCACUGUCCAAUACCAUAUGUAAUUGGAAUAACUAAAGUACCUACAGAUAUGCCAGAGAUCAUCGAUAACUGUUAUAUAUUGGAUGUUGAUGAGAAUCGAUUAAUAAUAGGAAAGAAAUGUCAAAACCUACCACGCUUACCACUUGAAGAGCGAUUGGAAUUCUCACUUAGACAGUUCCACAAUCAACUUUGGAAAGACACUGGUAGAAAAUACUCUCUAGACUAUCCAUUCAAAAUAAUUCAAAACGAUUUCAAAUAUAUUCACAAGUUUUCGAAUGAAUUAACUGUAACUAUCAACAUCAUCAUCAUCAAUUUCAUCAAAUCUUAUUCUAAAAUACUAAUUUCGAUUCAUCUACAGCUUUAUCACCGAUUUAUUAUUGAUAGUAUCGCUUUUUAUAUCGAUUGGAAUCCAAACUUUGAUUUUGGUAACAAAGAAAUGAAAGAAAAGCUAUUAAAGAUAAUUUCACCAACUCAUUAUCAAUUUAUAGACCAAUUUUUAAAUUCUCAACUUUUCACAUCACAUACAGAAUUAUUAUUUGGAAUUAAAAAUAGUAUAUUUGGUUUGGUUUGCAAAGGUAAAAAACUAGCCAACCUGAUUCUAACAGGUAAAAUGCCAACAGGAGUGGUGUUCAUUCUGCAGAAUCAGUUCAACAAAUUAUCUUUUGAAAAACAACAACAAAAAUCAACAACUACUACAACAAAUAGUAAAAUGAGUCUAUCACCACAUAGUACUCAUACAACAACAAAUUCCAAUUCAAUUCCUUUUAUGGCUGUUUUUGACCAAAAUUUAAAUGUUGUUAGUCAUUUGAACAAUAAUAAUAAUAAUAUGAAUAAUGGACAACUCCAUUUGUCAUCAUCGUCUACAUCCAGUUCUUCUUCUUCACCCUCAUUAGAUGAUAGUCAGAGUCUGAACCAACACCAGCACAAUAUUUUGACAAAUAAUAAUAUAAUUGAUAAUUCAACAACCACUAUAAAUAAUAAUAAUCAUUUGAAUAGAACAUUACAAAACCAAUCGGCUUUAAAGAGUAAAACAUCAUGUGAAGAAUUGAAUAAAUUCCAUAGACCAUGUCAACGAAGAGGGAGAUGUCCCUUCCAUCAAAAUGCCAAAGGAGAAUCGAAAAACAACCAUUCUGUUCCUUUAUCAUCGAGUGACACCACUAUUCCAAUAACAAAAACCAACAAAUCAAAAACUCAACAACAUCCACCAACCAGUCCAAUCAAAUCGACAAGACCCAAUGUAAAUAAUACAUAUCAUCCAUAUCAGAAUUUUGUAAAUCACCAUCACCCCAACUCUACACUUAGCAGUAGUCUCUGUGAAAUCCCAACCAAUAUGCCUAUGAACUACAGUAGCGACAAUGAGGUAAAUAUCAAAAACCACAAAUACUUUCUUAAAGCGAAUGAAGUUGCUUAUAGGAUUUCUGAAGGAAAAAACAAGUGUCACGGAAUGGAAAAUAAUGGAUUCCCAGAUCUCCAUGCCUCAACAACAACAAUGGAGAAUUAUCAACCACAAUCUACAUUAUCAUUUCAACAACAUCAACAACAAUAUUUAAUACCUCCGCAGUUUGUGAAUCAAUAUUAUCCAUUCUUUCACCAUCAACAGCAACAACAACAGCAGCAACUUCAACAACAACAACAAAAUAUACUUGCCACUCAUCCAUUCUAUCAACAUCAACAAACAACUACUGUCAAUAAUACCAAUAUUAUAGCAAAUCAUCAUCAUCAAUUUCUUCAAGGUUCCCAGUCGGUGUCCAAUGGUGAUUUACAUUUUCAUAUGCCUCCAUACCUGAACAAUAUGAGUAAUGGAAAUAGUAGUAACACCAGUACCAACAACAACAACAUCAACAACCACACCAACAACAACAACAACUCUCAAAGUGAUCACCCUAAUGAACACUCAUUCAACUCUCCCAACAGUGAUCAUCAAUACAACAAUGAUAACAACAACAACAAUAAUAGCCAAAAUAAUAAUAGCAACAACAACAAUCUUGAAGGAUUAGAAACAUCAAACGAAGAUAUUAAUGAUUUAUUAAAUAAUAAUAGUCAAUAA